CAAGCCACUUGCUUUGGGGGCACUUGUGUGCAGGGGCGGACUGACCAUUUGGAAACUCGGGCACUGCCCGAGGGCCCAGGGUCAGUAGGGGGCCCCAUGAGAUGCCCCUGGUACCUUUUUCAUAGGCUUUUUUAAGUUUGGGCAAGGACACAGGGGCCCCAUGAUCCCCUAGUGCCCGGGGGCCCCAUGAGUUGUCAGUCUGCCCCUGCUCGUUCCGCCCCUGCUCGUUGCCGCCUAUCAUUGCCCUUCAGUGCUGCCUAUUAGUGCCCAUCAGUGCAGCCUCAUCAGUGGCUA